GUUUGUGAAAAACAUUUCUCUAUCGAUGAGGUACAACGAAUCACGUCGGCCUGUGAUGAAAAGACCGGGGAAUUUGUAACUGCUCCUUUGAAGUAUCCGAGGCUCAAGCGUGAUGCUGUUCCCACUAUUUUCCCGGAAUGCCGCAAGUAUAGGUCUGUAACCACUCAUCAUAGAGAAGCUCCCACUUCAAGAGGGAAGAAGAGGUUCAAACAAGAGCAGAUGGCGACAGUUGCAGUAGAUAGCAGCCAUGAACCAGCACCAGAGUACAGCACUGCAGUAUCUCCAACCGUUGAUGAUGAUGAUGUUGAUGAUGGCCAACAAUUGGGACGUUUUUGUCAAGUAUUCAUCAAAGAAGAGCCUCGGGAUUAUGAAGAAAUUUCUGAAGAAGUGGACUUUGACAGCACAGAGCAGAGUGAGCCAGAGAUGUGGCCUUCCGGCAACGCAACAGAAGUGGGUGGACUUUCAACGAAUGAGUGUCCAGAGCCUGAGGGUGUUGAAGGGUCUAAGCCAAUGGAAGAGUGUUUAAAGCCUGAGGGUCAGCCAAGGGAAGAGUGUCUAAGUCUAAAAGGGUCUAAGCCAAUGGAAGAGUGUCUAAAGCCUAAGGGUCAGCCAAUGGAAGAGUUUCUAAAGCCUAAGGAUGUAGAAGGGUCUAAGCCAAUGGAAGAGUGUCUAAAGCCUAAGGGUCAGCCAAUGGAAGAGUGUCUAAAACCUAAGGAUGUUGAAGGGUCUAAGCCAAUGGAAGAGUGUCUAAAUCCUAAGGAUGUUGAAGGGUCUGCGCCAAUGGAAGAGUGUCUAAAGCCUAAGGAUGUUGAAGGGUCUAAGCCAAUGGAAGAGUGUCUAAAGCCUAAGGGUCAGCCAAUGGAAGAGUGUCUAAAACCUAAAGAUGUUGAAGGGUCUAAGCCAAUGGAGGAGUGUCUAAAUCCUAAGGAUCAAAAAGGGUCUGAGCCAAUGGAAGAGUGUCUAAAGGCUAAGGAUGUUGAAGGGUCUAAGCCAAUGAAAGAGUGUUUGAAGCCUGAGGGUCAGCCAAUGGAAGAGUGUCUAAAGGCUAAGGAUGUUGAAGGGUCUAAGCCAAUGGAAGAGUGUUUGAAGCCUGAGGGUCAGCCAAUGGAAGAGUGUCUAAAGCCUAAGAGUCUAAAAGGGUCUAAGCCAAUGGAACAGUGUCUAAAGCCCAAGGGUAAGCCAAUGGAAGAGUGUCUAAAGCCCAAGGGUUUAAAAGGGUCCAAGCCAAUGGAAAAGUGUCUAAAGCCUAAGGGUCGAAAAGGGUCUAAGCCAACCAUGUGUGACAAAGAGACGAAGCUCUACAGCUGUGCUACAUGCGGUCAUAAAACCACCAGACUCGUUAAUCUCAAGGUACACAUUAGAAAACACACUGGAGAAAAACCAUUCAGCUGUGAGAUUUGCGACAAAAAGUGUGCCACCUCGAGUCAACUAAAAGUACAUAUUUUCAGACACCAUAGUGAAAAUCGUUUUGCCUGUGAUUUGUGUGAUUUCAAAUGUGCCCAAAAUAGUGAAUUUAGAACGCAUGUCAAGUCUCAUACUAUCGAAAAACCGUUCAGCUGUGAAUUUUGUGGUCUCAAGUUCUCGUAUUCGGGCUAUUUGAGAAUGCAUCUUCUAUCUCAUGAUAAUCUUAAAACAAUUCAGGACUCACAAUCUAAUAAUAAUCUUAAAACAACUCAAAACUCGCAACUCGUGAUAGCUGAUACAGCCACACUUAUUAUUCCUGAUAGCUGAUAAUCUAUCAUUUGUGUGACGGAAACACUGGGAUUUUGUCAAAAAUAUCAAUCAUUUAUUGUGGAAUAACAAACAUUUUUCAACACCAAUGUUAUCAUCUUCAGUUAAAGUAUCUUAAAACAACUCAGGACUCACAAUCGCAUAAUAAUCUUAAAACAACUCAAAACUCGCAACUCGUGAUAGCUGAUACAGCCACACUUAUUAUUCCUGAUAGCUGAUAAUCUAUCAUUUGUGUAAUGAAAACUCUGGAAUUUUGUCAAAAUAUUUAUUUUAGAAUAAUUGUCAAAUUUAAGGUUGUGCAUU